AUGUCCUCAGCCGAGGGCCUUAGCACCGCAGGAGCAGUCGAGGAGAUUCAGUACGUCACUACUAACGGCGCUCCUCACACCGAGCCCUAUAGCAGUCAGCAACUUCGAGAUGGCAACAAUCCCGUUGGCGGCCGCCUGCUCCUCCAGGACUUCCACCUCAUCGAGUCCCUUUCCCACUUCAACCGCGAGAGGAUCCCCGAGCGAGUGGUUCACGCCAAGGGUGCAGGGGCUCACGGCUACUUCGAGAGUACUGCCGAUAUUUCGUCCCUCUGCUGUGCCGACUUCCUCAAAGAGGGCACCAAGUCACCUGUGACUGUACGAUUCUCCACCAACGUCGGAGAGUCAGGCUCCGCGGACACGGUGAGGGACCUUCGAGGCUUCGCCAUCAAGAUUCGCACUUCUCAGGGCAUACUGGAUUGGGUCUUUAAUUCCUCGCCCAUCUUUUCCCUGCGAGAUCCAGCCAAGUUCCCCAAUUUCAACCAUGCCGCGAGGCGAGAUCCACAAACGCACUUGCGAUCCCCUUUGAACGUGUGGGACUACUUUUCUUCCAACCCGGAGAGUGUCCAUCAGAUGAUGAUCAUGAUGGGCGAUCGCGGUAUUCCACGCUCCCUUGCCAUGCAAAACGGCUACAGUGGUCACACUUUCAAAUUCGUCAACGCUGCUGGCAAGUGGCACUUUGUCAAGAUUCACGUCAUCUCUGACCAGGGUGUCAAGCACUACACUCAAGAAGAAGCCGAUGCCCUCGCUGGCAGUAAUCCAGAUGUUUUGACACAAGAACUCUUCCAGCGCAUCGAGGAUGGCAAAUCCACUACCUGGACCAUUUCCGUCCAGACGAUGACCGAGCGACAGGCCGCCAAUUUCGAGCACUCUGUCUUUGAUGUUACCAAGGUCUGGCCGCUCAGCCAGUAUCCCCGACGAACGAUUGGCAAGCUCGUCCUCGACAGGAAUCCCCUCAACUACUUUGCCGAGAUUGAGCAGCUUGCUUUCGCUCCCUCGCACCUCGUGCCUGGCAUCGAGCCUUCGGCUGACCCGGUUUUGCAAAGCCGCCUCUUUGCGUACCCUGAUGCACAGCGCUACCGAUUGGGAGUCAAUAACUCUCAGAUCCCCGUCAACGCUCCCAUAAAUUCUGGUGCCAAUUUCCAGAGAGAUGGCUUCAUGACCGUCAAUGGCAAUCAGGGCAACCGUCCAAACUACCCUUCGACGCUUCGACCCAUUCAGUACAACAGUGUCAAAGCGGCGUCGGUCCUUACAGACGAACAGCGACAGCUGGAAGCUGCUGAGAUCAACAACUUCCUGACCACCUUUGACCCUGUCUUGGACACGGAGCAGCCAAGGGCCUUAUGGGUGCGAGUCUUCAACAAGGCUGCCAAGGACAGAUUCAUCAAUAAUGCUGCUGGCGCGCUAGGUGCUGUACAAAACGAAGAAAUCGUCAAGCGACAGCUCCGAAUCUUCAGGCUGGUGCAUGAUGACAUUGCUGAUCGCCUUGCCGAGAAGUUGGGUAUCAGUGAUCUGCCAGGCCGCGAAUAG